AAUUGGCUGAUGUUGGCGCGAAGGUGCGCGAGUCGGCCCUCGCGCUGGGGGCGCAGGAAACAAUAGAGGCCGCGCGCGCAGAGCUAGCGCCUGCUGCCUCCCCGCCCCUCCCGCAACGCUCGACCCCAGGGUUCCCCCGGCUCGUCUGCCCGCCAUGGCCGACAAGGAAGCAGCGUUCGACGACGCAGUGGAAGAACGAGUGAUCAACGAGGAAUAUAAAAUAUGGAAAAAGAACACCCCUUUUCUUUAUGAUUUGGUGAUGACCCAUGCUCUGGAGUGGCCCAGCCUAACUGCCCAGUGGCUUCCAGAUGUAACCAGACCAGAAGGGAAAGAUUUCAGCAUUCAUCGACUUGUCCUGGGGACACACACAUCGGAUGAACAAAACCAUCUUGUUAUAGCCAGUGUGCAACUCCCUAAUGAUGAUGCUCAGUUUGAUGCGUCACACUACGACAGUGAGAAAGGAGAAUUUGGAGGUUUUGGUUCAGUUAGUGGAAAAAUUGAAAUAGAAAUCAAGAUCAACCAUGAAGGAGAAGUAAACAGGGCCCGUUAUAUGCCCCAGAACCCUUGUAUCAUCGCAACAAAGACUCCUUCCAGUGAUGUUCUUGUCUUCGACUAUACAAAACAUCCUUCUAAACCAGAUCCUUCUGGAGAGUGCAACCCAGACUUGCGUCUCCGUGGACAUCAAAAGGAAGGCUAUGGGCUUUCUUGGAACCCAAAUCUCAGUGGGCACUUACUUAGUGCUUCAGAUGACCACACCAUCUGCCUGUGGGACAUCAGUGCUGUUCCAAAGGAGGGAAAAGUGGUGGAUGCGAAGACCAUCUUUACAGGGCAUACGGCAGUAGUAGAAGAUGUUUCCUGGCAUCUGCUCCAUGAGUCUCUGUUUGGGUCAGUUGCUGAUGAUCAGAAACUUAUGAUUUGGGAUACUCGUUCAAACAAUACUUCCAAACCAAGCCACUCAGUUGACGCUCACACUGCUGAAGUGAACUGCCUUUCUUUCAAUCCUUAUAGUGAGUUCAUUCUUGCCACAGGAUCAGCUGACAAGACUGUUGCCUUGUGGGAUCUGAGAAAUCUGAAACUUAAGUUGCAUUCCUUUGAGUCACAUAAGGAUGAAAUAUUCCAGGUUCAGUGGUCACCUCACAAUGAGACUAUUUUGGCUUCCAGUGGUACUGAUCGCAGACUGAAUGUCUGGGAUUUAAGUAAAAUUGGAGAGGAACAAUCCCCAGAAGAUGCAGAAGACGGGCCACCAGAGUUGUUGUUUAUUCAUGGUGGUCACACUGCCAAGAUAUCUGAUUUCUCCUGGAAUCCCAAUGAACCUUGGGUGAUUUGUUCUGUAUCAGAAGACAAUAUCAUGCAAGUGUGGCAAAUGGCAGAGAACAUUUAUAAUGAUGAAGACCCUGAAGGAAGCGUGGAUCCAGAAGGACAGGGGUCCUAGAUAUGUCUUUACUUCUUGUGAUUUUAGACUCCCCUUUUUUCUUAACCCUGAGAGUGAUUUAACACUGGUUUUGAGACAGACUUUGUUCAGCUAUCCCUCUAUAUAAUAGGUACCACCAAUAAUGCUAUUAGCCCAAACAGUGGGUGUUUUCUAAAUAUUAAUGGGGGGGCUUGAUUCAGCAAAGCCACAGACUUAACGUUGAAAUUUUCUUCAGGAAUUUUCUAGUAACCCAGGUCUAAAGUAGCUACAGAAGGGGAAAUAUUAUGUGUGAUUAUUUUUCUUCUUAUGCUAUAUAUCCCCAAGUUUUUCAGACUCAUUUAAGUAAAGGCUAGAGUGAGUAAGGAAUAGAGCCAAAUGAGGUAGGUGUCUGAGCCAUGAAGUAUAAAUACUGAAAGAUGUCACUUUUAUUCAGGAAAUAGGGGAGAUUCAAGUCAUAUAGAUUCCUACUCGAAAAUCUUGACACCUGACUUUCCAGGAUGCACAUUUUCAUAUGUAGACCAGUUUCCUCUUGGUUUCCUCAGUUAAGUCAAAACUACAUGUUCCUCUUUCCCCAUAUAUUCAUACAUUUUUGCUCGUUAGUAUAUUUCUUGAGCUGUUUUCAUGUUGUUUCUUUCCUGUCUGUGAAAUGGUGUGUUUUUUGUUGUUGUUGUUUUUUUUAACUUGGGACCACCAAGUUGUAAAGAUGUAUGUUUUUACCUGACAGUUACACCACAGGCAGACUGUCAAGUUGAGAAGAGUGAAUCAAUAACUUGUAUUUGUUUUAAAAAUUAAAUUAAUCCUUGAUAAGAGUUGCUUUUUUUUAGGAGUUAGUCCUUGACCACUAGUUUGAUGCCAUCUCCAUUUUGGGUGACCUGUUUCACCAGCAGGCCUGUUACUCUCCAUGACUAACUGUGUAAGUGCUUAAAAUGGAAUAAAUUGCUUUUCUACAUAACCC